CUGUCCCAUAUCAGAAGAAAAAAUUAAACAAAAUGAGUCAUCAUAAACUUCUUGAAUCGAAAGGAGAAGAUGAUACAAAUGAUGAAUGUGGAAUUUGGGAAGAAAAUAAGAAAAUUUGGAAAGUUGGAUUUCCUGCAAUGCUAGCAAGAACAACACAAUACGGAAUAUUUGUAGUAACACAAGCAUUCAUCGGACGUAUCGGAGAGCUCGAUCUUGCCGGUUACGCACUCAUUCAGAUCAUCGCUAUUCGCUUUGCAAAUGGAAUUUUACUCGGAAUGUCGAGUGCAACGGAAACUCUAUGCGGCCAAGCAUUCGGCGCGAAACAAUAUCACAUGAUGGGUAUCUACAUGCAAAGAUCAUGCAUCAUUAAUCUUGUUGCCGGAACAUUUUUGCUUCCGCUCUUCAUUUUCUCCGCUAAAAUCUUCAUAUUACUCGGAGAAGACGAACAAAUUUCGGAAAAAGCAGGGUACAUCUGCUUGUGGUUCAUUCCGAUUCUGUAUUUUUUUGUAUUUGCUUUUACUCUGGAAAAGUUUUUACAAACUCAGCUAAAAAACGGGAUCGUUGGGUGGCUAUCAGCUGCUGCAUUUGCGCUACAUGUGAUUCUGUCAUGGAUUUUCGUCAGCAAAUUAAAUUGGGGAAUUCCUGGAGCUAUGAUUGCCAUGAUUAUAUCAAAUUGGUGCAUUAUAAUUGGUACAGUGAUUUACAUAACUUGCGGUGGGUGUCCGAAUACAUGGAAAGGAUUUAGUUCAGCUGCAUUUUCCGAUUUAGUUCCUGUUAUUAAGCUCUCUAUAUCUUCUGGUAUCAUGCUAUGUUUAGAAUUUUGGUACAAUGCAAUUUUGGUACUGUUGGCUGGGUACAUGAAGAAUGCGGCAACUCAAGUAUCUGCUCUAUCCAUUUGCCUGAAUGUCGCAGCUUGGGAAUUCAUGCUAUGCUUCGGUUUCUUAGCAUCCGCAAGCGUACGAGUUUCAAAUGAAUUAGGACGAGGAGAUGUUAAAGCAGCCAAAUAUGCAAUUAAAGUAAUCUUCACAGAAUCAACUGUAAUGGGAGUUUCAUUUUUCAUUCUGUGUCUAGCAUUCGACCGCCAAAUUGCUAGAUUAUUUAUAAGUGAAGCAAAUGUGAUUGAAGCUGUGUCGAAGCUUUCUGUUCUGCUUGCUUUGUCUGUUAUACUCAAUAGCUUUCAGGCAAUAUUUACAGGAGCAGCGGUAGGUGCCGGUAGACAGACGACAGUUGCAUAUAUUAACAUAUGCAGCUAUUACGUAAUUGGUGUGCCUAUUGGCUUUUUUCUUGCAUAUGUUGUUCAUAUGCAAAUUACGGGUAUAUGGAUCGGAAUGGUGAUCGGAGUUGUAAUGCAAGUUUUAGCACUUGGUUACAUUACAUUCACAACUAAUUGGGAUGAACAGGUAGAAAAAGCAUCAGAACGUCUCCAUAGUUGGUUAUUAAAGCCAUCAUCAGAUGAAUCUAAUAACGUUAAAGUUCUGUCAGAGGAAAAUUGAACGAAUGAUUUGUAAUAUUAAUACCAAGCAACCUGAAAUAAAGAUUGCAGAAUCAAUGAUUUUUUUAAAAAUAAUAAAUCUACUGAAUUGUUGAACAGUCUACAUUUUAGUCUAUGCUUAUGUUAUGUAUAUCUAUGAAAUUCAGGCAAGUAAUUCUAUCGUUAAUAUUCCA